AUGUCUUCAUUCGACGUCCCGGGCGUACUCUCACCUACUCAAAAGACUCUCAUUCGUGCCUGGUGGAAGAAGGUCGCAAGUAAUCCAAAACCCAACAACGCUUCCGACAAUACAACAGACUCUAGCAACGGACAUAGAGUCUUUGGCAUUCCCUUGACCGAGUCCAUCAGGUAUGCUCAUUCAAGUAUAUCCUAUGUGGAUGCCUCGAGUGGUAUGAGUUGCUAUGGUAUCAUCCCAACGGUGGUCGCCAAAUGCGGUGCAUUCUUAAAAGAGCAAGGAUUGAUGGUGGAAGGUGUCUUCCGUAUAUCUGGCAGCAGCAAGCGGAUUGGAAUGUUGCAAACAGUGUUUGAUGAAUCUGAAGACUUUGGGGCCAAGUUCAAGUGGGAAGGCGAUUUCACUGUUCACGAUGCAGCCAACGUGAUGCGGCGCUUUUUGAAUCAUUUGCCCGAACCUGUGAUCACGCUAGAUCAUUAUCGAGCUUUUAAAAACACAAUGAAUGAUGAAUUUCCCAGUCUGGAUGCGAAAAUACAAGCGUUCCAGAAUCUCAUCUUGUCAUUACCUUUGGUUCACCAAUACUUGUUACUCUACAUCAUGGAUAUGCUCGGCCUAUUCUCAAUGACAAAGGACAAGACACGAAUGGAUGUAUCAGCCCUGGCGGCUGUUUUUGCUCCUGGCGUCUUGUCUCAUCCCGACGAUGAACUUAAUCCAGCUGGCUACAAGGAAUCACAACGAGUACUCGAAUUCCUGAUAGAACAUCAGCAACGUUUUGCAGUUCCACGAUCAUGUAUUCCACCCAAUCAAACGUUGGUGCCUCGUGAAUCAUUUUCAGCUACCAUUCCCCGACGUCGGAAACAAUCAGUCACUCCAUCCACAUCCACAUCCACAGGUCGUCGCCAUCAACAUGUUGAUUUAUCACGGAUAUUGGUUGAUUUGCAAAAACAUGGCUUAGGGGAAAAGCCUCGGGCAGCCAAGUUGCAGCGUUCAUCAACAACUGUCAAAACUAAGCAGAGAUCUCCAUUUUCGGAACAACCUGUAUCACAGCAGGGAAACACCACAGCCACAACUUCCAAUCUUAAGCGCUCCCAAUCCGUACCAAGCAAACGUUACCACAAUCGAGAAGCUGCUGCUAGUAAGAGAAAACAAGCUAAAUAA